GCACGUUGCUGAAGGAGGGUCGUCGGGGAAGAGGAAGCUGAGCGACUGGGGCCAUAACCCCAGCCUCGAUGGGCGUCCAUAAAGGACGGCCCCAGUAGCUAAUCCAUUUAAAACUGCUCUGUUUGGCCCCCUUCUAGCACAUAGAGGGUAUUCCGCUUUACUCUUGCUUUACUGCACCUCCACUUUGGGGUGGAAUUUCUGCUCUUCGCUCACAAAGAUGGCGUUCUAUCCAGACAACCGGUCGACGCCACCCGACUCGCUGCACGGUCACGGCCGCCAUGCGCCCGACACAUUGCCCAUCCCCGAGGAGGACAAGGUCGAUGCUAAGCUCUCCAGCUCAAACAUCGCAGGCGCCACCUACGAUACAGACCCAGAGAAGGUCCCCCAGACACACGAGGGACAAGCCGAGCUAGGUGUCUACGACGCCGAGAUCAACGACAACCUCAAGUUGGUCAACCCUCUCAAGGCGUUCACGCGCGAGCAGGUCAUUCAGCGUGCGCGAUACUUUGCGACCGAUCUGGCACAAUUUCGCAACGACCCCGCGCUUGUGCAGACAUUCGUCAAAGCUGCGCUUGUGGCGUGGUCCUCCACCGGCGCAAGCAGUGGCAGCGGUGGCGCUGAGGACGCGCAGGAGAAUGCCAAGAUCAGCGAGGACGAGAGGACACAUUUUGCGUUCGAAGACAUCCCCGAGCUUGAUGACGAGGACCGCAAGGUGCUCAGACGGGAAAUACGAAACAAGUGGCAGCAGCCCAAGACAUUAUAUGCCCUUGUCGUCUGCUGCUCGCUCGCCGCAGUCGUGCAAGGAAUGGACCAGAGUGUCAUCAGCGGAGCGAACCUGUUCUGGCCUGCAACCUUCGGCAUCAGCGAGGAGACGGACCGCAACGAAUGGCUAAAAGGGAUCGUUAACUCGGCACCGUACUUUUCCUGCGCGCUACUCGCCAGCUGGUUCACUGCGCCGCUCAACCGCUACUUUGGGCGUCGAGGGACAAUCUUCAUCACAUGCAGCAUCGCAUUCAUUACCUGCCUCUGGGCAGCCUUCACCAAUUCGUGGUGGCAUCUGCUCAUCUCACGCGUCUUUCUCGGCUUUGGCAUCGGGCCCAAAUCGUCAACGGUACCCGUCUACGCGGCUGAGUCGACGCCGCCUGCGAUCCGAGGCGGCCUGGUGAUGCAAUGGCAGCUCUGGACCGCGUUCGGCAUCAUGCUGGGCUAUGUCGCGGACAUGGCCUUCUACCCGAUUCCUGACCGCUCCGGCAUCGACGGGCUGAACUGGCGCAUCAUGCUCAGCUCCGCGGGCAUUCCCGCGCUCGUCGUCAUGUCGCUUGUCUUCCUGAACCCUGAGUCGCCGCGCUGGUACUUGAUGAAAGAGCGCUACGCAGACGCGUACACGGCCUUUUCGCGACUCCGCUCAACGCCGCUGCAAGCGGCGCGCGAGACGUACCUCGCGUACGAGAGCCUCGAGGCCGAGAAGGAGGUCGAGGUGCGCAACAGGGGCGCGCGCAGCCAUCAGCGCACCCCCAGCAUGUUUGAGCUGUUCAGCACGCCCCGUAUUCGCAAAGGCCUCGCGACCGCGACGUUUGUCAUGUUCAUGCAGCAGUUUUGCGGAAUCAAUGUCGUUGCAUACUUUGGAUCCGUGAUCUUUUCUCAGGCUGGCGCCUCGCAACUCGCUGCACUGGGUGCAAGUCUCGGCUUCGGAGCCCUCAACUUCCUCUUUGGUAUCCCGGGCAUCUUCACCAUCGACACGUUUGGCCGUCGUAACCUGCUCCUAGUCGGCUUUCCCGCAAUGUCUGCCGCGCUCUUCUUCACAGCGUUUUCCUUUCUGAUCGAGCAGGACGAUCCGACUAGCAAGGCGCGUGUCGCGUGCGUCGCGAUCGGCAUCUAUCUGCACUGUAUUGCUUACUCGCCCACCGAGGGUCCCAUCCCUUUCACCAUGAGUGCCGAGAGCUUCCCACUUGCAGUCAGGGACAGCGGCAUGUCCUGGGCUACGUCGGUCUGCUGGUUCUUCAACGGGGUGCUUUCGCUCACAUGGCCGUCGCUUGUGCGUGCGUGGGGAUCUACUGGUGCAUUCUGCUGGUACGCGGCUUGGAACGUGUUCGGCCUGGUGUACACCUACUUCUUCCUUCCCGAGACGCGCGCACUGUCGCUUGAGGAGCUGGACAGCGUCUUCAGCGUCUCGCACCGGGAGCACGCGAGCUAUCACAUGCGACACCUGCCGUACUUUACCAAGAAGGCGCUGUUUUGCGGCAGCGCGGCGAGGCAGCAACUGCAGGCGCCCGAGCCGCUGUACGAGCACGAGAAGCUUUCGCUCGAGGAGCGGAGGAAGAGAGGCACGAUGGCACCCAAGGCGGUCGGACACUGAGCGACGAACGCCACACUCUGGUAUCACAAAUCACUGGGAAGACUGCAUUGCUUGACUUGUUGCAUGGAUUGAAUGGCUCUGCUUCGGAUCGAUGCAGCCUUUUGCUUGC